CAUGAAGCACAAAAACAAGCAUAGAAGCAAAGAGAUUGUGGAAUUUGUGAUCACACAACAUAAGCAUAUAUAUAGAAAGAUGUCAGGGGCACAAGGAGCACAACCAAAGGAGUCAAAAACAGCAACAACAUAUGAGUCAGUAGAAGGAGGAGAGAACCGAACAAGGACUGACUUGCUUUCAAGGGAGGAUCAAGGCUGCAUUCAAGUGGAAAAACUUCAGGAGAAGGUCCAUGAUCCUGCUGGCAAAGGUGGUCCUGUCUUUGGUGCUGGCAAAGAUGAAGACAAACAAGACCUUGGAGUUACUGGCACAGGCUAAUUAACCUACUAUAUAUAUUACUACUAUAUACUAUAUAGUGUAUGAGUAUAGUAUAUACCCAAAAAGUACUAGUCUCUCUUGUGAUCAUGGUGCUGCUUCAAAAUCUUUGUUUUGGGUUUGAGUUUAUGUAAAUUAAUGAAACUUUAGUUUGAGUCUUCCAUACCGUGUAUGUAGACCUUGUAUUUAAUGGAAUAAGAAAGAAGAAACAAGUUAAUAAUGUACAAAGUUGAUCUUCA